AUUGAUCAACCAGUUGGAACAGGUUAUAGUUUUACUAAAAGUGAACAAGGUUAUGUACGUAAUGAAGAUGAAGUAGCUCGUGAUUUAUAUGCAAUGUUAAUACAAUUCUUUCAAUUAUAUAAUGAAUAUAUAAUGUGUCCAUUUUAUGUUACUGGUGAAUCCUAUGGUGGAAAAUAUGUUCCAGCUAUUGUUUAUAAAAUUCAUAUUGAAAAUCCUGAAGCAAAAAUAAAAAUAAAUCUUAAAGGUAUGGCUAUUGGUGAUGGUCUUAUAGAUCCAUAUAAUGAAUGGGAUUAUGGGCCAGUAAUGUAUCAAUUUGGAUUAAUUGAUGAACGUCAACUUGAAUAUGUUAAUUUACAAACAUUAUUAGCACGAAAUGCUAUACGAUUAGAAGAAUAUAGUUUAGCUUAUGAUCUCUUUGGUAAUUUAUUUGAUGAAUUUUAUUCUAAUGCAACUGGUUUAAAUGAUGUUUAUAAUUAUUUAUUAACACAAUUACCAGCUACAUUUGGUUAUUAUGUACCAUGGGUAACAGCAAGUGAAAAUCGUCGUAAAAUUCAUGUUGGAAAUUUAACGUAUAAUGAUGGUACAAGAGUUCAAAUGGGUUUAUCAAAUGAUGUUAUGCAAACAAUCGUCGGAAAAGUUGCUGUUAUUGCUAAUAGUUAUAAAGUACUUAUUUAUAAUGGUCUACUUGAUGUUAUUAUAGCAUCAUCAGUAACAAUGGAUUGGGUCGAUAAACUUCAAUGGCAAUAUGCUGAUCAACUUCGAAGUGCUGAACGAAAAAUUUGGAAAGUUAAAGAUGAUGAUACAGAAGUAGCUGGUUACAUAAAACAAACACAUUCAUUUUAUGUUGCUUGGGUUCGAAAUGCUGGUCAUAUGGUACCAGCUGAUCAACCAAGAGCUGCAUUUGAUCUUAUUGAUCGAUUUAUAUCAGCUUAA